AUGAUGAGAGGUGACACGCUCAUCCAACAGCACCCCCCUACCCCACCGAAUGCCGGAUCGGAAUACCAGACCAGUCUGCACCAGGUUGCGCAAUACAACGUAGAUCGCGGCUAUCCAUUCGGUGAGGCAGGGUAUGGUUCUCCCAGCUCGGUGGCGCACGAAGGGAUCCCUUCACAUGUGUCACAUGCCGACAACCACUCUCGUGGGCUCGGACUAAGUAUACAACAUGACGGGUAUGGUCCACCGGCAGAGUACUACCAUAACGGCUCGUAUAACGGCAUGCCUAAUGACCAAGCUCUGUUCUCGCCGCCGACGCCGAGAUCAUCGAACGGUGAUGAUUCUGGACGUAGAAUGACCCGCAGCGGACGAGCCACGACGUUGUCCAGCUCCCCACGUCGGAACGAAAGCAGCCCCCGACCGAAGGCGACGUCUAGAGCUAAGAAGGCGAAGGCGCCGAAGAAUGAAAAGCAUAAGACGCCCAAACUGACUGCGCCACUGAGUAUCCUGACAAAGGAGCUACAUCAUAUCCCAGUCAAGAACAUGGAGGAGUGGGUGAAUAGGCCAGCGGACGUCAGGAGACGGGAAGUGGAGAAGAGGAACGGAUACAUCACUCGUCCCAUGAACUCGUUCAUGCUGUAUCGGUCGGCGUUUGCGGAAAGGGCGAAGUCAUGGUGUCUCCAGAACAACCACCAGGUCGUAUCCUCAGUAGCGGGAGAGAGCUGGCCACUGGAGCCUCCGGAGAUCCGUGAACUGUACAACGAAUACGCAAAGAUCGAGAGGAUCAACCACCAGAACGCACACCCAACAUACAAGUUCUCGCCCAGCAAAACAGCGGCUCCGGCGCGGAAACGAAGAAGCGAAUGGUCAGACGAAGAAGAACCUAGCGAUCUUGACGAUGCUGAAUGGGCUCCUGGUAGUGGCAGGUCUCGCUCACGACAGGCUAGGAGAGUGGACCGAUCGUUCAGUUAUCCAUCGAGUGGUGUUGCUGCAGAGUACUUCGACCACUCGUUCGGUCCGAAUGGUAAUGGUAUUAAUCGAUCCUCCUGGGAGGUAACGAACGAAGGCAGACCGAUGCCGAUGCCGAUAAGCCACAACGAGCUCUACAACCAGUACUACCAGACUACUGCAUAUCCCAACAUGCACAUGAGUCCGAAUUAUGUAGACGAAAUGCACAUGAGGAUGGUAGAAAGCCCACCAUCUUCCAUGCAGUUUCACUCGAACCCGUCUAUGCUGGGAUUGCCCGGAGGGAAUACGAAUGAUCUUCUGCUACAGUCGGAUCUCGGCACACCAUUCGACGAGGGGCAGCUGGAUCCAAUGUUGUUGGCCUACGAUGGAGGUAACCACUCGGAUAUUGAUCCUGCAGCACUGCAGAACAACUUAUACCAGAACGUCCACCCGGCAAUGCAAGGAGAUAGGCUUGAGCAACACAACCUCGGUGGUUUGUUGGAUCUUUCACCCAACGAGUACCAAUCCUGGCAGUCAGAUCCAAACAUGAUCAUGUAUGGAGAAGCGGCCAAUAAAUUAGUGCAAAACGCGAAGCGCACUCUUGCCCUCCCCCAUCUUCCGCCCUAUGCCUCAGAGCUCACGCGCUCCAUAGUCCGCGAAGUGCGCGACCUUGACAAAGACGUGUCGUCGAUCCUCGCUCCCUACAGCGGCUCCUUCAAUCCCAGCGCAUCGCCUGAAACAGCCUGCGCUCUCCUUGUAAACCACUUGUGUAUGCGCCGGAACAAGCGGUGUCUACUCGCCUACCACCGUGUGCGGAGCGACAAGCUGGAGGAAUACUGCUGGGAGGGUAUCGAUGUGCUGGAGCAACAGGGCAGCAAGGACCAUAGUGGAGAAGGAGGGAGGGGAAAUGGUAUGGGUGCCGGAGGCGGAAAAGAAGAAAGCAGUUUGAGUCCAGAAGAGGAAGAAUACGUGAGGCAGUACAGCGAUCUGCUUGCUGCGUACAAGGGGCAAUGGACUGAUAUCGAUUUGACGGGGAGUCUGGAGCCGCCUCGCGAUCUGUUCAUCGACGUUCGUGUCCUGAAGGAUGCGGGCGAGAUACAGACGGAAUACGGGUCCAUAACCCUGACCAAGAACUCGCAAUUCUACGUCCGGCAUGGCGAUGUUGAACGCCUUAUCACGCAAGGAUACCUCCAACGUCUAAGCUAA